UUGUUAUGUGUAUUUGGAAUUCCCUUCCUCAAGCCACAGUGGAUGCAGAAUGUUAAGUAUUUUUAAGGCAGACUUGGAUAGAUCUUGAUUAUCGGGGAUAUGCAGAAACGUGGAGGUUAAAAUUAGGUCAGCCAUGAUCUUACCGAACAGUACAACAGAAUCGAAGGGCCGAAUGGUUCACUCCUUUUUCCUUCUUCAUAUCAAUCACAUAAUUGUUAAAAAUACUUAAUCGGAGAAUCACAAUACAAAUAAAUCAAUUAUAAGCCUGUCAACAAUAUAAUCAGAGAAUUAUACUGUUUUGAAUUGUGGUUUAUACAAUCAAAUAAUCCCAGAAUCUGAGAAGCACAUACAAUCUGAUGAAAUAAUUGUAGUACCAUUCGAUUACAAAAACAUGGAGUAAAUUAAUCCAAACCGCACAAUCCCUUUCCACUGUCCCCAUCAAAAACUUGCAGCUCAGGUACAGCAUAGAGAUAGAUACAAAAUAUAUGGAGGACAGUGGGAGGUGGGGGUGAAGGUAGGGAUGAGGGAAUCGGUUGGUAUUGGUGACGCUGUUGCUGAGCUGCAAGUGACAAUUGUUUGAAUCCGGAAACAGAGAUGACUGGCUUAUUGAAGUUUCAAUAUAUAAGAUAAUGUGGAUGCAGCGAGAGGCAAGCGACGAAAGGCCGCCUUAAGAAGCCAGGAGGAAGAGGCGGGGUGGGAGAGAGGCCGCUUUAAGAAGGGCCGGGAGGCGGGAGCUGUCCCGGAUUCGGUGCUGAAAUGAGCAGCUGCUCGAAGCAGAGCUUCGGUAUUCCCUGCACAGCGGACUUCAAGAGGCUGAAGGUGGAACCGUGUGGAAUUGAGGAGCCACCAGAUUGGAUCACCGAAUAUGAACCGGAAUUAAAGAGAAGCCGGAGACAGGGAGCGCCAGAAACUGAAAAAUCAACACAAAGGGCCCGGAGAUCCCGGAGAGAUGGGACACGGAGUGUAACCCGGAGUAGAGCCGGAACAGGAGCAGACCCCCAGCUGGAGCUGACGCUCACAUCGAAUCGGCGCAGCUUUCUGAUCCCGGUAUAAACCGGAUGAAAUGACGAUGCAUUUAUUCCGAUUGCUCGAUACUGACUCGAGUGGAUCUGAAAUCAACUUCAUAUUUGCUUCGUGUUUUUGACUCCCAAAGUCCGGAAGCUGCUUCUUGGCGAUUGUUACCGUUCGCAGAGAAAAAACUGCAACAUUCACCAAGAAACCGAUCCAUAUUUCACCAGAUUCCUAGCCCCGAGGCCGGAUGCUGGCCCCCGUGCUCGGUGCGGUCUAUCCCCCGGAGUCGGUGAGGUCUAUCCCCCGGGCUCAGUGAGGUCUAUCCUCCGGGCUCGGUGCGGUCUAUCCUCCGGGCUCGGUGCGGUCUAUCCCCCGGAGUCGGUGAGGUCUAUCCCCCGGGCUCAUUGAGGUCUAUCCCCCGGGCUCGGUGAGGUCUAUCCCCCGGAGUCAGUGAGGUCUAUCCCCCGGAGUCAGUGAGGUCUAUCCCCCGGGCUCGGUGAGGUCUAUCCCCCGGAGUCAGUGAGGUCUAUCCCCCGGAGUCAGUGAGGUCUAUCCCCCGGCCUCGGUGAGGUCUAUCCCCCGGGCUCGGUGAGUUCUAUCCCCCGGGCUCGGUGAGUUCUAUCCCCCGGGCUCGGUGAGGUCUAUCCCCCGGGCUCGGUGAGGUCUAUCCCCCGGGCUCGGUGCGGCCUGUAUUUGAAGCCUGAUCAGGGCUUGUUCUGUUGCUGAGCUGCACAUUGUUUGAUCACAACACACAGAUGUUGCGCCAAGUCCGCCUCAAGUGCCGCUGCCGCCUGUUGUUCAGUGACCUAAAAGGUUUUCUACUCCGGCGCCCCCCUCCUCCUCCUCCUCCUCCAGUGAUGAAUUACGACCGAAUCUCAAGGCCGACCAACAACGGGCUCCUGACCAACAACAACACACUGCUCCCGGCUGCGAAAGGGGGCAAGUGGCGGGCUCCAGGGGAGGAAUGCCCUGAGGAACAGGAACACGGGGCCUAUGAGCAGCCCAUGCCCUUAGUGAGCCCAUCAGCCGAGGAAUCUUACCGAAGGAAAUGUGAGGAUGGAGUGUCUUUAAGCAGCAGCAGCAUUGCCAGUGGCUGUCGCUCUCCUCAGUGCCGCAUCUGUUUCCAGGGCUCCGAGCAGGGGGAUUUGCUGAGUCCAUGUCGCUGUGCUGGAUCUGUUCGUUGUACACACCAACCCUGCCUGAUAAAGUGGAUCAGUGAGCGAGGAUCCUGGAGUUGUGAGCUGUGUUACUACAAAUACCAUGUCAUUGCCAUUAGUGCCAAGAACCCCCUUCAGUGGCAGGCAAUAUCUCUGACGGUGAUUGAGAGAGUUCAAAUUGCAGCUGCAAUUCUCGGCUCCUUGUUCCUCAUUGCAAGCAUUUCCUGGCUCAUCUGGUCAACAAUCAGCCCAUCAGCAAAGUGGCAGAGGCAAGACUUACUCUUCCAGAUCUGCUAUGGAAUGUACGGAUUCAUGGACAUUGUCUGCAUCGGUUUGAUUAUUCAUGAGGGGCCAUCUGUAUAUCGUAUCUUUAAGCGUUGGCAAGCAGUUAACCAGCAAUGGAAAGUACUGAACUAUGAAAAAUCCAAGGACUUGGAGGAUCAGAAGAGCAGCAUGAACCGUAACAGGAACUCACGGACCGAAAGGUCAUCUACAACACACAGUUCCAGAGGCAACCAGCCAAUGGCAACCAUGUCCAAUCAUCACUGUGCAUACACUAUUCUACACAUUCUCAGCCAUCUGAGGUCUAAUGAACAGAGGCACCAACCAAAUGCAAACAGAGAACUGGUAAUGAGAGUGACCACAGUCUGAGAAAAGAUUUGCUUUAUGGAUACCAUGAUGAAGCAUUUUAACAUGGGAAUGAUAGCACAGCAAGAGUGAAGAGGCUGAGAUGAGAAGCUCAUGGUAGUAGGACAACAUUGGGCAUCGUGAAUCUACAAGGUCUGUCUGUGGAAAUAGGCUACAACUAAGGCCACAGAAUGGAAAUUAGUCCAUUCAUAGAGUCACUGUAUAAUCCGAACUGCCUGUGAAAUGAGAUAAAAAUGGCCACAACUGUUAAACAAUUGUUUGAGCAAAGUUUUAUUCUUUGAUUCAGAACUAACUGCCAAAUGGAUUACUUAACUGUGAUUCAGGCCUAGUAGUCCCAUUCAGCAGGUUGCUUUUAUCAUUACAAUAUUUCCAUUGCCAACAUCUGCUGACUGUACAAAAUGGAAACAAGACCAUUCACAACCUGGUGUUGUUGUUUGACUCUGGGUUGAACUACUGACCCAGAUUUGCCCUCACCAAACCAUCAAUUUAGAGCAUGGCACCAGAGCUUGCUUUCAUCCCUACCUUAACUCAUGUGCUGCUGUAUUUUUUUGUUGUGUCUUGUCUGUUCUUGUUCCUAUGUAGAAAUACAUCCUAAACUUUAUUUAAAAAAUACUUUCCUGGCUGGCCUCAUACCUACCACCCUUUUUAAACUUGGCAACUACAAAUUUGGUUGCCUGUAUUAUAACUUCCACCGAAUACCAUAGCCUGAUCACCCUAUGCCUUAAAAAUAUUCAAUGACCUUGUCUCCUAAGGCAGAGUUCCAAAGUGUCACAACUUUCAAAGAUAAAGAAAAUCUCUUCUGUGUCCUAAAGGGUGACUACUAAUUUUUAAACAGUCCCCUCUUUGUUUUCAACUGACCCACAAGAGAAACAUCCUUCCCAUGUCCACCUUGUCAAGACCAUUCAGGAUCUUAUACACUUCAAUCAAAUCACCCCUCACUCCUCUGAAUUCCAGUGGUUGCAAGCCUGGCUAUAAAGUCAUACAGUAUGGAAAUAGUUCCUUUGGUCCAAUCAGUCCAUGCCGACCAUGUUUCUUUUUCAAUUGUGGGAUAACUCUGUUGAUAUCUGCUCAAUUUGUGUAAAAAACUGCAGAAAUUUACUCAGCUCUCUUUGUCAGUAGUACUUGCCAAUACCCUAUUAACAAAUCAACUUUAGAUAAAAAUUACAAAUUACCAACCCUAUCAAUGCAAUCUUCUAGACUGGGAAUAGGGUAUGAAUCCAUCUGUGUGAUUGCAUUCACUUUCCUGUAGUCUACACGUAAUCUAAUUGAACCUUCUGGUUUAGGAACCAAUACUACAGGAGGACUCCAAUUACUCUGACUUGGUUUGAUCAAUUGAUUCCCCAAUGUGGAUUGAAUUUCCUUUGUUACUUUUGCCUGUUUAUCUGGAUUUAACCAUUGCGGUCGUUGUUUUAUCUGGUCCAAAUUAUCUACAUCCGCUCAAGUGCAUCGUU